AUGUCACGCUAUCAAUUUCGACGGCUUUCGCCUAUUCAAGUUCCAGCCACUCGUUCAAAGCGACAAGAGGCCGGUCUUGGUGCCGUUGGUCCUGGGAGUGAGGGGGAAGGCCUGGAAAGCCCGGACUCACCUGACAGUAGUCCUUCCACAACUGGCGCUCCAUCUGGUGAUAAAUCAGGAUCUGAUGAUGAUGAUGGCGCGCUACCAUCACCAAAGGAGAGCGUUACAUCAAUCAUCACCAUGCCAAACUUAUCGACAUCAAAAGCAAGCUCUAGUUCGACAUCACUGCCAUCCACAUCGAGCUCCGGCCCAGCAUCCACUAUAUCUAGUCGACAGUCUGUCACGUCAAUACCAUCAUCAACAAGUACGCUGAGGUCAAAUUCUUCUCCAUCAUUUGCACCGACACCCACAUCACAAGGCAUCGGCGCCAUAUCACCCCCUGGAGCUUACCCCACAUCAGUGUUGAUUGUCACUUCAACAAUAUUGAGCUCUACCACCUUGCCCACCUCUUCCGCGUCUUCCACGUUCAUAUACUCUAGCAAAACACAGGGUUUUUCGGGUAAAGUCGCUCGACCAACACAACCACUCACUGCCACAAUCUCGUUGCUGCCACCAUCACCUCCAGAUUUUACUGGAAGUCCUGCAGAAGAUAACGAUUCGCCAAUAAGGAAACGGCCUGAGCAUACAUUGAUGAGUAAAGGUGCCGAAGCUGCCGCUGUCACUCUGAGUAUAAUUGGCGCUAUAGCACUUGUAGUGGGCAUUAUUUUAUAUUGUAGAAGACGUAGACGUCGACGAGAUGAAAAGCUCGAAGCUGAAUUGGAGCGCGACGCCGCCAACUAUGCCGCCAUCCGCGCCUCAGAAACAGCACAUGUCAACAACGCCAUUGCACCCUUCGCAGCAAAUGGGCCGCACAUGACCCAAUCCACAAACCGGAGCAACACUUUGUUCGGUCCAGGCUCCUACGCCCGGCCAGAAACAGUCUCCUCCACCCUCGAUCGAUCACACAUCGCUAUGCCUCAACCCACACCGAAUCCUUUCGCAGACCCUCCUCUCAAUAAAGCGUAUGAUGUGCUCGCUGGGAGACCACGAUCAACAACCCUCACAGAUCGUGGAAGCUGGGUUAAAAACCCGUUCAAAGAUCCCGAAAGUGAGCGUUUCGAUCCGUUUGGCGAACUCCAGGCCAAAGCGCGGCGGGAGCGAGUCAAGCUGGUUGAGAUCGCACGGAGAGAGGCAGAGUUGGAGCGGCAGUUCGAGGAAAAGGAGAAAAUGGGUUUGAUCCCACCACAGCGGGCGUUGGAUAGAAAGGGCAGUGGGGUUACCUUGAAGGGGCUAGGGGUGUUAGAUCGGAGUGAUAGGGGUGCCUACAGGUAG